CUACUCGAGCCGCGGAUGGGACGCCGGAGGACCAAGCAGGCAUGCGCGACCAUCCCGAGCAUGCUCAGUAGCGCGCACGGCGCCCCGGAGCUUCAUCCAGCCGCUGCUGACGCGGAGGUCUCCGCGGCAGCCGCGGGAGCGGCAGGAAGUGAAGCGGCCUGUCCGGGUGACCGCCGCGGAGGCAGAAACAGAGGCGGAAGGGACCCUGCGGCGACGUCGUCGUCGACGGGGGUGACGGAGGGGGCUGAGUAUCUAGGGGACUCGCCGGCUGGGAAGCCGGAUCCCGAACCGGGCAGGAUGGAUUAUCACCAGCCGGGGACUGGCCGCUACCAGGUGCUUCACAAUGAAGAGGAUAAUUCAGAAUCACCUGCAGUGGAGCAACCAUCAGCUUCAGCUCCAACACCACAGACCAUGCGGACUGUUCCUGCAGCGUUAGUACUCGAAACAGACUCCUCUCCGCCACCUUACAGCAGUAUUACUGUGGAAGUACCUACAACUUCAGAUACAGAAGUUUACAGUGAGUUUUAUCCUGUGCCACCUCCCUACAGUGUUGCUACCUCUCUUCCUACCUAUGAUGAAGCUGAGAAAGCAAAAGCUGCCGCAAUGGCAGCUGCAGCAGCAGAAACAUCUCAAAGAAUUCAGGAGGAAGAGUGUCCACCAAGAGAUGACUUCAGUGAUGCAGACCAGCUCAGAGUGGGUAAUGAUGGGAUCUUCAUGCUGGCAUUUUUCAUGGCAUUUAUUUUCAACUGGCUCGGAUUUUGUUUAUCCUUCUGUAUCACCAAUACCAUCGCUGGAAGGUACGGUGCCAUCUGUGGGUUUGGCCUUUCAUUGAUCAAGUGGAUCCUUAUCGUCAGGUUUUCUGAUUAUUUUACUGGAUAUUUCAACGGACAAUAUUGGCUUUGGUGGAUAUUUCUUGUACUUGGCCUGCUCCUUUUCUUCAGAGGAUUUGUUAAUUACCUAAAAGUCAGAAACAUGUCUGAAAGUAUGGCAGCUGCUCAUAGAACAAGGUAUUUCUUCUUAUUGUAAAGACUACAUCAACCAGACAUUCCUUUCUUACACCAAUGUGAAUUUCCAGAUCAUCUUGUAAACCUACAACUUUAAUAGGAUAGAAGACUACUAAUAACAGAAGACAAAUUAGUUAAGAAAAGAUAGAGCUUCAAACUUGAAUGGCAGAGUGGUUUAUGCUUAAAAGCCAUUUCUGUUCAUUCUCUUAAAUAUUUAUAUUUCAUUUGUUUCGUGCAUUUGCGUGUGUGUCCCUUUAAAAGGUUUGCAUAGACUUGAAAGACACCGUGAAGUUGCAGCAGUGAAGUCCACUCACAUUUGGUUGAUCAGUGUUUGAUGUAAUCGGAAGAGUUGAGUGAUAAACAGUGUUCUAGCAUGUAAAUGCCAUGACUUCUGACCUGACGUUUAGUGUAAUAAAACUGAGAUUAUUAACCAUGUCAAAUGCUGUAGUUCCUGCCUCUGAGAUUCAUCUAGUAACUACACAUGAAACAUCCUUUGUUGUCAAGUGUUUUGGAAACUGCAGUGCUGAUUACUAGAAAAGCUUUGUCAGAUUUUUUAACAUGACUUUACAUCGUCAUUUAGCAAAGCUCUUUCUGUAAAUAACCAAGAAUAAAUUUCUUUCUGCAUUGUUUUCUUAGAAAUUGUGUCUAGAUAUCUUCUCAUUAAUUUUAAAAUAAGUAAUUUAAUAUAUACAGAACAUUUGGGUGUUAAAGUUAGUUUGUUUUAGGACAAAUUUUAAGAAAAUGUGGGUGUUCCACAUAUCCUUUGUAAGAACAAGGUUGUUAAGGGACACGCUGGUGUUAGGGACCUUCAAACGAGAAGCGUGGUUUCUAGCCUUGCCCGUCUCAGAGGUUCUUACAGGAAGUGAUUGUAUUAGAUGUCGUAUUUAUUUCACUUAUGACAGUUUUGAAAAUUAAUUUUUUGAAUAAGAGAUUCUCAUUUGCAUUUGUCUUUUAAAAAGCCAAUAAAAGUAUCUUUUCAGUAUCAUUGUAGUAAGUUUUAGAUAUUUAGUUUGUUAAAUUUAGCAAAUAAAAACUUGUGCUAUUAAUAGCUCUAGCUUUGUGGUUAUAGGACUGACUUGUAAAACUCAUCAUGAUAUGCAAAAUAUGUUUCCAAGUUCCGGAAAUGUCUGUGGAGUAUGGGGCCUGGGCUGCGUCUGCGUGCUGUGAGACUGUGUGUGCCACCGUUACUGCAACUGGAAUCGACGUUACGUUCAUAAGCUACUGCAUUUUGCAAAUCAUUUUACGUCUCGUUUACUUUUCUUUUCCGUUAAUGCCUUUGCUUUUGAGUGCCAACAUUAAAAACGAUCAGAAUUAUCUCAUCUUUUAAACUGAAAAAUCAUUUAAUACAGCUAAAUAGAACACAUAAAAUUGACUGUUUAUUAUUAGUCAUGGAGUACUACUAAAAGAUACACCUAAAACUAUUCAGGGACAUUUUUCCAUUGCUGGAAAAAAAUUUAUUAUGCUUUAUAGCUUCUUUUGUAUUUAUCUGUAUUUUCUGAUUUAUUUCAUUGUCUUUCAUAAUAAAACAUACAUUUUUGUUUUUGCUAAUUGUGCCUCCUAUUUUUUGUUUGCCCUUAUAUAGUCCCCUCCCCUGCAUAGAAUUUUAUUGUUGAUUUACGUACCCGUGUUGCACCCCUUGAAGUAGAAACAAUAGUAUGGAGUAAAGAAAACAAUAAAUACUUAAUUUAGUUGCCCGAUUUGGAAAUUAAUUAAAAUUAGAAUGUACUUAUAAGAAAUGUAACCUCAUAGUAGAUUCUUCUUUAUCUCAUAUCAGUUUCCUAUAGACCUAUACUAUGUUCUUUUAAUAAUUGUAACUGAAUGAAGCUAUGAUGCAUGCUAAUUUAAAAUGAUUAGAUCAGGUAUUAAAUAUCAGUUUAUUAAAAUUACACUUAAUUUUUGUGUUAUUUAUACUUGGUUUCUGAAUAUGGAUGUGUCACUUUUGGUCCAACAUCAAAAUUUCAGUUUCUGUUUUGAUAUUUGUUCCUCCAAAUCUGUGUGAUUCAAGUGUGUAUGUUACUUGAUUCUCUAUAAUUGGUAUAGUUCAGUAGUAGCCUUAAACCUCAUCAUCCAAGCAGGGGAAUUGGAAUAUUAUUUAAAAAAACUUACCACCUUCUUUGAGAUUUAUCAAAUCCUGCAUAUGUCCCCUCAUUUCUUGUGAGCUUGGAUGGAACAGCUGCUGGUGUGUUUUGGGGACACACCCACCUUUGCACUCUGCCUUAAAGAUUGAAAAUCAAAACCCUUGUCAGGGUAUCUAAAUUUUUGAAUGAAUGUGCACUUGGGCUUGGACGUUAAAAAAAGCUUGUUAAAUUAUUUCUAUUAUAUUUGAAUAAGCUAGUUAUGGCCAGAUAAUCCAUUUUUAUGUGUUUAUAUAAACUGAUACUAAGAUAAAAAUAUAUUUUCUGUGUUAAGGAUAGACUUUAGAAAUUGAAAAGUAAAGACAAAUCUAUUAUAUUCAGUAAAAGUGAACAUCUUUGUUUACUAAAAAAAAGACUAACCUAGCCCCUUUUUUGAGUCUAUAAGAUAUAUCCCAUGCCUUGGAGAUUGUUCAUGAUUUUCUAUCCAUUUAAACAGUAAUCACUAAUGUAUUUCCAGUUAAACCUCUUCUAACAGUAGAAGUGGAGUCCAAAAAAUUCAAUUGCAGAAAAAUUCAAGGUUCCCUAAUUUUUUUCAGGUAAUCUGUACUGUCCCCCUAAAACACAAAAGUAAGGAUAGUGCAUCUGACACUGUAUUCCACUGGAUUGCCAUGUGUCCUGAGCUUGCUCAGGACAGCCUUGGUUAUUUCAUUUUCUCAGCGUAACGGGGCAUCUUCUCACUCUCAAGUUGCCUAAUUUGGAGGGUUAAUUAUAUGAUCACCGUAUAUGUAACUGUACACUGGACUGACAAGCGACUGCCUAAACAGCCUGCCCUUUGAGAAAAGGGACAGGGGUACCGGGGCGGGAGCCAGUUACCCCUGUCACAGCCUUUCCUAGCCUCAUCCUUUGUUUGGUUUGUGGGACGUGUGUAGUGUCUUCUUUUAAAAAUAGAAAUUGUUGUAUUUGAGUGAUGCUAGCUUAUGAUAAAUAGUAAACAAUGAGCUUUAUAUUUUUAAACUGCUGUUACAUGUUAUUUUAAUUGUUUAUUAUUUAAUUCUUUAAGUAGUCGUAUGGAAUAUUAGUGUAUUAUUUUUUAAAACCUCAUCUUGAUAAAGUUCAACAGUUAGCUGAUGAUGUGCCAUUUACUAUUCUAGGAAUGCCCUUGCCCAUAUAUAAACUAUGCUGAUGUGUUUUAUUGUCAAUAAAGUUCUACAGACGUGGAAACGUGA